AUGGGUUUGAAAGGAUUUGUAGAAGGAGGCAUUGCUUCGAUUAUUGCAGGGUGUAGCACUCACCCACUUGAUUUGAUUAAGGUCCGGAUGCAACUCCAGGGUGAAGCGUCUGCACCCAAUCCAGCCCUUCGUCCGGCUCUUGCUUUUCCGACAUCUGCCCACCACCACGUCCACCUCCCUCCGCCACCCCGCGUUGGACCCAUUUCUGUUGGGGUUAGGAUCAUUCAGCAAGAUGGUGCCAAAGCUCUCUUUUCCGGCGUUUCUGCCACAAUCCUACGCCAGACCCUGUAUUCCACCACCAGAAUGGGACUAUACGACAUCCUGAAGAAAAAAUGGACCGAUCCCAACACAAAAAACAUGCCUUUGAUGAUGAAGAUCACGGCAGGACUCGUGGCCGGUGGGAUCGGAGCAGCCGUGGGGAAUCCGGCUGAUGUCGCUAUGGUUCGGAUGCAAGCCGAUGGCCGUCUCCCUCUGGCCCAGCGGCGCAACUACAAGAGCGUGGUGGACGCCAUUUCUCAAAUGGCAAAGAACGAGGGCGUAACCAGCCUGUGGCGCGGUUCUUCCCUCACCGUGAAUCGCGCCAUCCAGAGCGACUACUGUGCCACAGUGGCUUGA